AGAUUCAAUGAUGACAGAUAAUGACGUGACUGGCAGACCGAAAACGAAAAACGCGCUUUUUCUAGUUGUAGCUAGAUGUUUUUUUCGUUUAAUCGAGUUAAUUGUGAUUAAACUCUGUUAGUAGAGAUUCUGGCUGAAAAAUAAUUAUUUUGCUAUCGAUUUGAUAAAGAAUUCCGUGGUUAUUUUUGUUUUUUAUAUCAUGCCAGAGAGUCUUUAUCAAUUGAGGACAGAAAGCGUGGAGUUAGGCAGCACUAGUGACAACAAAGAUUAUGACGAACGGCAGCGCCGUCAAGGUCAGCCAGCAUCAGCAACGUCGUCUAAGCCAGCGCCUGAGUCAUCUAGUUCAGCGUCCGUAGUGGUGGAAGAUGGAGUGAACAAUCCAACCAGCCGUAGCUACGAUUUGGCAGACUUCGUACCUGUUCGCAUCCUGAACAAUAACAGCACACACAAGAGCGUUUCACUGUUGGGGCAUUUUGUAAGCCUAUCGCGUGACGAUUACGCGAUUAUUGUGUUGGAAAAGACGGCAUUCACUGAGGGGCAGCUGAAAAAUCAUAAGCGUCAUCAAACGAGCACGGUGACGAAAGUUAAUUCUGACGACGUCGCGACGAACUUGUCGGAAAACAGUGAAAGUGUGCAAAGUAGUGCAACUGGUGUUAUAGCAGCCGUCGAAAGAAGUUUUUUCUCAUCCACGUCCCAACUGAGGACGGAAUUUGUUAAUGAUAUCUACGGAAAUUUUUUGUGCGUUGCUGAUCCGGAAGUAAAUCAAAUCAAGGUGACAAUCAUAUAUCCAGCUACUGAGAGGCAUAUUGUGAAAUUUUCCACCCAAAAAAGAUAUUUGGUGGAAGAAACUGCCCAAGAUUAUCGAACCGUGACAUUGCCUCAUAUACAAAAGGAGCAGCUAAGCUUAGAGUGGCUUUACAACAUACUAGAGCAUCGGAAAGAGAAGGAUCGCAUAGUUUUUGAGGAUCCGUCAGAGGAAAUUGGCUUCAUAUUGUUGCCGGAUUUAAAAUGGGAUGGUAAAACAUUGGAACAACUUUAUCUACUCGCGUUAGUGCGCCAGCGAGGUAUCAAGUCAUUGCGGGAUCUUAACGCUACUCAUUUACCAUUGCUGAAAAAUAUUCAAACACGUGGCAUUGAAGCAAUUAAAACACGUUACGGAAUUAAUGCUGAUCAACUACGAAUCUACAUUCACUAUCAACCCACAUUUUACCACCUACACGUGCAUUUCACAUAUCUGAAGCACGACCCACCGGGUAUUUAUUGCGAGAAAAGUCACCUACUAACAUCGGUUAUUGGGAAUAUCGAACUGCUACCAGACUAUUACCAGAAAGUGACACUCUCUUGCGUUUUAAGUGAAACUGAUAAAUUGUACGGCAAAUUUGAAGCAGCAAAGAGCGAACUGGAUGAACCAGAACCUAAACGGGCCAAAGUUGAAUAA